GAAGCAGAGCGCCGGGGCGUCUGACCCGGAGUGGAAGCGGCGGCUCCUGCCGUCGCCCACUCCCCGCCUCCGUUCUCUGGGCUCCAGCGAACCCGGGAGCCGCGGGCCAGGCCCAGCCCAGGCGCGGCCACCCUCCCCGCGCCGCCGGAGCCAUGGGCAGCGAGCAGAGCGCCGAGGCCGAGAGCCGACCCAGCGACCCCAGCUCAGUGACUCCUCCUGCCAAGCACAGAGCCAAGAUGGGCGACAUCGUGGUGGUGGCACAGGGCUCUCAGGCCUCAAGGAACGUCAGCAAUGACCCUGACGUCAUCAAGCUGCAGGAGAUCCCAGCUUUCCAGCCCCUUCUGAAAGGGCUCCUGAGCGGCCAGACCUCGCCCGCCAAUGCCCGGCUGGAGAAGCUCGACCCCCAGCAGGUGCUACAGCUGUGCCUGCGCUACCAGGACCACCUGCACCAGUGCGCCGAGGCCGUGGCCUUUGACCAGAACGCCCUGGUCAAGCGCAUCAAGGAGAUGGACAUGUCGGUGGGCGCCCUGUUCAGCUCCAUGCAGGAGCGGCAGAAGCGCUACGCCAGGUACGCCGAGCAGAUCCAGAAGGUGCACGAGAUGUCGGCCAUCCUGCGGCGCGUGCAGCUGGGCAUCGACCAGACCCUGCCCCUCAUGGAGCGGCUCAACAGCCUGCUGCCCGAGAGCGAGCGGCUGGAGCCCUUCAGCAUGAAGCCCGACCGCCUCUAGGGCGCCCAUCCCGGAACCAGGGGCCCCCCAGGGCUGCUCCCGCCUCUUCCCUUCCUCCACCCAGCCAGGUGGAUGCAAGUGGCCCAGGCCUGCCCGCCCCUCCCCACCUCCCCAUCUGGGCACUGGGGUAGAGGUGCGCGGGGAGCAGUGUGGCCUCCUCAACCCCCCUUCUCUUGUGGGCUGCGCCACACCGAGGCCCCUCAGCUGGGGUUGGGAUGUUGGCAUCAUUAGGAAUUCUUGAAAGCCCCGGGCCAUGUUAUUUUUAAUCUAGCAUUUAAAGAAAAUUGAACCUGCACCCCUGUGGGGAUGGGAAUGAGUGUGCAGAAGGAGAGGGUGUGAGAAACUGUGAGGGGUACCCGUGUGGGGGUGCUCCAGGCUCCCGAGUCGGGCUGGGAAUGGACAGGUCUCGCGUCACUGGGUCUGUACGCUCCCCGCCCGUCGCGUGGAGUCUGUCCUGUGAACACUGGAGCCGUGGGCUCCUUGCGUGGCGCGUCUUUCUUCCCUGGGAAGCCAGGAUGGGGACUUGGGACUCUGGGCACCCCCACCCCCGACUAUUACCAGGCCUCCAGCCGCCCCAGCACCCCACUGCGCAGCCAGUGGCCCUGUCCUGGGACACUGGGAGCACAAGGCCCCUGCGGGGUCCCCCAUGGCCGAGGGGGCUCUAGGAGUGCGGCCUCGGCCCCUCCCCCCACGUUCCUGCAGAACCUCGUCUUGAUGUCCAGGGCAGGCGUCUGGGAGGGACAUGGCACCCCCACCCUGCCCCAGAUCUCACUCAGCCACACCUAGUUUAGCCUUCCUAUGCUUUGCCUGACUCUAAUGUUGGGUUUUUGGUAGAAAUGUGUUUUAUUUUAAAACAGGUCAAUAAAAGGAGCGAUCGCGUACAGAAACGGCUUGCUCCGUGACGUGU